GUAUCUAGGAUAGGUCCUAGAGCUCUAUGAGUCUAUCCUUGUCUAGGGAGUCAGGGAAGACUGCAGUCUGUAGACGGGACGUGGUGUGGGCGGCCAGGACGGCUUCAGCUCCUCGGAGUCCAAGCAAGGACGCCCUGUAUCAAGACGUUCAAAACUGCAUCCUUAUCCUGCGUCUGCACAGCUCUAGGAUUGUCAUUGUUCCAGGCAUAUAAAGCAAGCUCGAAAGUACCUACGUUGCUGAAGGGAGGUGCUGAAGGCAGGUGCUGUUUCUGUUGACGUUCCUUACAAGUACGGCCUUCUCCACCUUCUGAACAACAGGUGUUCAAGCAGUUCCUUUGUGUGCGUUGAAGUUCCUAGGUAAACUACCUGUAGGUUUAGGGUUUUCCAAGCAGGUUCCUAGCAGUACUUUCACCUUGGAUGUAAGAUGUCGGGCAUCGCGCGGGGGCGAUUAGCCGAGGAGAGGAAAGUCUGGAGAAAGAAUCACCCUCAUGGUUUUGUUGCCCGACCAGAGACCACCUCCGAUGGGACGUUGAACCUUAUGACGUGGCACUGCAGCAUACCGGGCAAGAAGGAUACGGACUGGGAUGGGGGUUUCUAUCCCCUCACGAUGCUGUUCAGCGAGGACUAUCCGAGCAAGCCGCCGAAGUGCAAGUUCCCAGUAGGCUUCUUCCAUCCGAACAUCUACCCAUCCGGUACCGUUUGCCUGAGCAUCCUGAACGAGGAUACGGGCUGGAAGCCGUCCAUCACAGUCAAGCAAAUCCUGACCGGCAUCCAAGAACUUCUUGAUGCCCCCAACCCUUCGGAUCCCGCACAGACGGAUGCGUAUCAGCUAUUUGUACAGGACCGGAAGGAGUAUGACCGAAGGGUCCGUCAACAAGCGCUGAAAUACCCCCCAGCAAUCUGAUUGGUCAUGUACAUAAAAUGGUUCUGAUCAUUAUAUCGGGGGAGCAGCUGUAGGGUUCACUUUAGCACCGCUGCUAUGCAGGGAAACAGUAAGCAUGCAUCUUGCAUAGCGAAGGUAUGGUUAGGGGAAGGACUCUCUUGGUCUGCGUCCACCAUAACCAACUUCAUGAAUUGAAGGACGUAGCUGCCAAGAAGCGUUCUGAGUUUCUAUAUGCCUAAACCUAGUCACUACUUUUGAACUUGUCAAGCGGUUGCAUGCCAGACACAAAAGAUAUUGAAGCCUGCAU